GGUGAGAAUCUAAAAGCUGCCAGUAAAUCUCAAGAAGAGGUGGAAUCUGAAGAUCAACUUUCCGUCGAUAAAACAGAAGAGGAGGGAGAGAAGAAGAAAAAGAGAAAAUUGACUUUUAGAGAUAGAAAGAUAAUUGAAUAUGAGAAUAGAAUCCGUCAAUACUCUACACCAGACAAGAUAUUUCGUUACUUUGCUACGUUGAAAGUAAAAUAUGAUGGUGAUUCGGAGGUGUUUAUGACACCCCAGGAUUUUGUCAGAUCCUUGACCCCAGGGAUCAAACAACCUGAUGGAUUAGGGUUGGACCAGUUUAAGAAGUUUGACCCCCAGAAAAAUAACUAUGAUGAAAAGAUUGAUGUAGGCGAUGAUAGUAUCUUCUGUAAACUAGGACAGAGUGGUUUAAUAUCAUUCUCUGAUUACAUCUUUCUUCUUACUAUUCUUUCUACCCCACCUAGAAAUUUCCAGAUAGCAUUUCAGAUGUUUGAUUUAAAUGGAGAUGGUGAAGUUGAUUCGGAAGAAUUCUGUAAAGUACAGGAGAUAUUACGAUGUCAAACAACAGUAGGUAAAAGGCAUCGUGAUAGAUCAGUCACGGGUAACGUUAAUAAAGGCAUGAGUUCGGCUCUCUCUUCUUACUUCUUCGGUGAAGACACCAACAAAAAACUCACAGUCAAAGUGUUUCUCGAUUUCCAAAGACAACUUCAAAGAGAAAUUCUGAAAAUUGAGUUCAAUCGUGUAAUAAAUGAAGAUGGGAAGAUCAGUGAGAAAGAUUUCAGUAAGGCGUUAUUAAGCUACGCUGGUUUACCUGAUGUUAAACGUAGCAGAAUGAUCAGACGUGUUAAGCGGAAAUUCAAAGAAGAAGCCAAGGGUGUUACAUUUGAAGAGUAUUAUAAUUUCUGGUUGUUUUUAAAGAGUAUUAAUGAUGUAGAUACAGCUCUAAGUUUUUACCAUCUUGCUGGUGUUUCUAUUGAUAUGGAAACAUUUCGACACGUAGCGAAGACUGUAGCUCAAGUUGAACUCUCUGAUUAUGUUAUUGAUAUUGUGUUUACAUUAUUCGAUGAAAACAAUGAUGGUGAAUUGAGUGAUAAAGAAUUCGUCAGUGUAAUGAAACAAAGAUUAUUACGAGGUUUAGAGAAACCGAAAGAUACAGGCUUUAUUAAACUUAUUAACGCUAUAGGAAAAUGUGCUAAAAAUCAAACGUCUCUUUUCUUAGAGUAA